GUCAGUGUCGGCGCCGAGCGUGUGUGUGAGGAGAGAGAGAGAGCGGGACACGGCGGAGACACGUCACCGGGAACAUCGGACUACCGAGCCACACCGACGGAGCCCCACCCCCUCCACCGUAUUCUCCUCCUCCCUCCUUCUCUCCCCGGGGCUGGUGAUGCCGGGCCGGGACGGCCGCCGGGCUGUAUGAGCGGGACACGGUGCGGCCAGCAUGGUGCGGGAGACCAGGCACCUCUGGGUGGGGAACCUGCCUGAGAACGUCCGGGACGACAAGAUCAUCGAGCACUUCAAACGAUAUGGACGUGUGGAGAGUGUCAAAAUCUUACCGAAAAGGGGAUCGGAUGGCGGCGUGGCAGCAUUUGUGGAUUUUGUGGAUAUUAAAAGUGCACAGAAGGCGCAUAAUGCUGUCAACAAAAUGGGGGACCGUGACCUCCGGACGGAUUAUAACGAGCCGGGCACCAUUCCAGGAGCUGCCCGGGUUUUGGAUGAGACAGUUUCCAUAACCUCUCGUAGUAGAGAGGUUUCUGGGUUCAGAGGAGGUAGUGGGGGGCCGGCUUACGGUCCCCCGCAAUCACUUCAUGCACGGGAAGGACGUUAUGAACGGAGACUCGAUGGAUACAAGCCUUAAGGAUGGCCUCUUCCACGAGUUUAAGAAGUACGGAAAGGUGACAUCGGUGCAGAUACAUGGGGUAUCUGAAGAGCGAUACGGUCUGGUUUUCUUCCGGCAGCAGGAAGAUCAGGAGAAAGCACUUAACGCAUCAAAGGGCAAGCUGUUCUUCGGCAUGCAGAUAGAAGUCACAGCCUGGGUCGGUCCGGAAACGGAAAGUGAGAAUGAAUUUCGGCCUCUGGAUGAGAGAAUAGAUGAAUUUCACCCCAAGGCCACUCGCACCCUUUUCAUUGGUAACUUGGAGAAGACCACCACGCACCUCGACCUGCACAACGUAUUCCAGCGAUUCGGAGAUAUUGUGGAUAUUGAUGUGAAGAAGUUGAAUGGGGUUCCACAGUACGCCUUUCUGCAGUACAGCGAUAUCACCAGUGUCUGCAAAGCCAUUAAGAAGAUGGAUGGAGAGUAUCUGGGGAACAACCGGUUGAAGCUGGGCUUUGGGAAAAGUAUGCCGACCAACUGCGUCUGGAUAGAUGGCUUGCCCUCCAACGUCACUGAUCAGUAUUUAACGCGUCAUUUUAGCCGUUACGGGCCCGUGCUGAAGGUGGUGUACGACCGCUUUAAAGGCAUGGCCCUGAUUCUCUACAGUGAGAUUGAAUUUGCCCAGGCAGCUGUAAAAGAGACCAAGGGGAGGAAGAUUGGUGGGACUAUCGUUAAGGUGGAUUUUGCUAACCAGGAAAGUCAGUUGGCUUUCUAUGGCUCAAUGGAAUCAUCGGGACAGGAUAUACGGGAUAUCUAUGAAAUAAUAUCAGAAAGAAGAAGCGAUGAUACUCGAAGGGGAUCCUUCCAUGAAUUGACUACUACUACAGAGAGGACUUAUUAUGACACCGUCCGCACAACAGGCACAUACCCAGAGGAGACGCGGCGAGAAUACCCAGCCCGCAGCAGAGAAUUAUACCAAGAUUGGGAGACCUACCAAGGAGAUUACUAUGAACAACGUUACUAUGAGGACUCCAGAGAAUAUAGAGACUACAGGGAUCCAUAUGAACAGGAUAUACGGGAAUAUAGUUACCGCCAGAGAGAAAGGGAGCGAGAACGUGAGCGGUUUGAGACGGACCGCGAGAGGGAUGGUGAACGGAGGCCGGUAGAGCGAAGCCAAAGCCCAGCGCGCUCGAGGAGACCUCAAAGCCCUGCAGGAUCCCCAUCAGCAUCUGAGCGGAUUACAAGUGACCCGGAGCGAAGGAUUUAUAGCCGGUCCUCCGAUCGCAGCGGUAGCUGCAGUUCUGUUUCUCCUUCCAGAUUUGAGAAACUGGAGAAAGCCCGGGCUGAGCGCUACAUCAAAAGCGAAAAACUCGACAAGGAGCAUACUUUUGAUGCGGAAAGACUUGAUAAAGAGAAGCGUCUGUUACGGAAAGAAAGGACUGAUAAAAUACUCGAAAAAGAUAAAGCAGACAGAGCCAAGCGAAAGUCCAAGAACCAUUCAGCAAGUUCACAGUCUUCAGAAACUGAUCCGGAUAAUGAAAAGGAGUCAAGCCUGGAGAAACAAAAAGGGAGCAGCAAGCUGUUGGCCAGAGAGAAGAACGACAAGGACUCUGCAUCAAAAAACCGGUUGGACCUCAUGCCUUGUGUGGUCCUUACCCGUGUAACUGAAAAGGAAGGGAAAGUUUUUGAUCCCCCCAGUUUAGAAAAAGCCACCAAGAUAAAGGCAGACAGCGAAUCCAUGAAGUCGCCACCUUUGGAUCCAAAGACCCAGAUUAUGCGUCUUGAGCAGUCCAAAUUCGAGCAAAUAAAAGCGGAGUCGAGAAGUAAAGUGCCAAAAGAAAAACUGCUGUCAAGCCAUGUUGAAGUUGUCGAUAAAGAAAGCAAACAAAAACUAAAGAAGCACUUAAAGCAGGAAACGCCUACUGAAGGAGCGUCUGCUGCCGACUUGGACAAGCUAGAAGCUCGGAAAAGGAGGUUUGCAGAUGCAAAUUUAAAGUGCGACCGUCAAAAACUUGAUGUUCGCCGAAACAACACAGACGAGGAUGACCUUCGGUUGAGUUCAAGGAAACAACUAGAUUCUGCAUCUUCAAGAGACUUCUCUGGGCUUCGGGAAGGGGACUUUGAUAGGAAAAGCUCAAGAAAAGAACUUUCAAAAAGGGAUAGUAGAAAAAGCAAAUCUGAAAGACUUUUUAAUAUAAGUAGCCCUAAAGACAGCCAAGACCACAGCCUUUCGGUUCGCUCCAACUCCGAUCUUCAGCUGCGCUUAGGAGAACCAGUAGAUGAACAGUUUGACUCCCCUGAUGCCUCUAGUAAAAAGAUAAACUUCAUGAAGAAUCUUCAAAGACAUGUGCAAAUGGGGGACGAUCUGGACAAAGAUGCCUCGAAAGAGGAAAGAAAAGCCUACUGCAAUCUCUUGAGGGAAGGCAUGGGAUUGGAGAGGACAGAGAAUGAAGAAAAGCUUGCAAUCGAUAUCGACUACACACAGAGUUACCGAAAACAGAUGGAACAAAACCGCAAACUGAAGCAGCAGAUGGAGCUGGAGAUCCUGAAGUCUGAAAAGUUUGGCAGUCCCAGCAAAGAAGCUGAGGAGUAUGAAAGGCGCAGCCUCGUUCAUGAAGUCGGGAAACCACCACAGGAUGUCACAGACGAUUCUCCACCAAGUAAAAAAAAAAAAACCGACCAUGUGGACUUCGAAGUCAAACCCGAAAGACAUUACAGAAGCUCCCGACAGAUAAGCGACGAACCUGAAAGAAUUGCUUGUUCUCCAAGCGUUCGUCCUUUUAUGUUUAACGAGGAUGACUUUACCUUAAACUCUCCGAGGUUAAUGCCAAUCAAAGAAUUCAAAGAAUCUCCUCAAGUGGAUGAAAAGAACAUGUUCUCCAGCAUGGCUCCUAAAGAUGAACCUUAUAAAUUGAUACCCAGUGACCCAAUCAGAAAAGAGCACGUGAGCGAUCAUUUUGCCAAACCUAAAUUUACCGCAGUGAGCCCUGAAGAGGAGUAUGGCAGGUGGGGGGAUAGCCAAAUCAAACAGGAGAGCAACAGAAUGGACAUUAGCUUUCCUAGUAACGUUGUAAAAAGAGAAGGUAUCCGUAAACGCUCCAAGGACCUCGAACCCGGAGAGGUUCCCUCAGACUCUGAUGAAGAUAGUGAUCAUAAAUCUGCUUCACCCAAAGUGUCCUCAAUACUUGACGGCUCAAGAUUUUCUUAUUUACUGCGGGAUGGAGAUGAUAAACGGGACAAGGAGGAGAGGCUGUCCGGCUCUCUAGAAAGACACCGCUUCUUAGAUAAGACUAUUACUCCUGACACAAAAGCCUUGCUUGAAAGAGCCAAAUCGCUUUCCUCUUCCCGUGAAGAGAAUUGGUCUUUUUUGGAAUGGGACUCCAAGCUUGCCAGCUUACGCAACAGCAAAGAGAGAGAAAAAGUUGAUUCGGCACCAAGACCCAUACCAUCCUGGUAUAUGAAGAAGAAAAAGAUCAAGACCGAUUCUGAUGGAAAAAUAGAUGAUAAAAAAGAUGAUCACAAGGAAGAGGAACAGGAAAAACAGGAGCUGUUUGCCUCUCGGUUUCUCCAUAGUUCUAUCUUUGAACAAGACUCCAAACGUUUGCAACACCUAGAGAGGAAAGAUGAGGAUACUGACCUGUGCAUCCUACGUCCUUACGGGAGGCAGCUAUCUUCUGAUGGCAUCAGCAGCACUUCGGAGCUCGUGCAGGAACCGGUCGUACUGUUUCACAGUCGAUUCAUUGAACUAACGAGGAUGCAGCAGAAAGAGAAGGAAAAAGAGCAAAGACCCAAAGAGCAAGAAAAGCCAGAAGAAAAGGAAAAUCAGCCAAGGACUCCUGAGACUGUCCCUGAAAACAAAGAACGAGAGAACAAGUCUCCCGUGUCUAUUGUGCCAAUACCACCACCACCACCACCACCACCUCUUCCUCAGCCAGAACCUGUAGCACCACCUCCUCCUGAAAAAAUAGUUGUUGAGAAAAUGCCAUCACCACCUACUGUUCCACCAAUAGAAGAUAAGCCAGCUGAGCCUUGUGAGAUGGUUGCUGAUGAAACUUCUUCUCCGAAGGUUGUUGCACCAGUUACCCCUCCUAUUGCUGUCCAUCCACCAACCCCAGUGGAAACUGUUCAAGCUGUUGAUGAGACAGAUGAGACUCCGGCUAUCCCUCCAGUUCCUGAGGAGCUACCAACUGGGGAACAUAUUACAUUAGUGGAUACAAAACCACCAUCACCUGGUGCUUCAUUUCCAGAAGUCAGUACUGAUCCCGUCGCAGAGAUAAAACCAGUGACACCAACGACCUCCCCUUCCAAGGCUGAUGACAAGGCUGAAGAGGUUGAGGCCUUUGAAGAAAGCACCCCGGUGUUUACAGGUACAGAAACUGAUGCAUGUGAAAAGAACGAAACUGUUCCAGAGGAUACAGAGCCACUUAUUUCUGAAAAUGAUUUGGAAGCAGAGGCUCCCACCACAGCGAAGAACAAAAAAACCUCCAAAGGCAAAAGGUCUAGUGCCGUAGAUAAACCAGCAACAAGAAAAAGCAUCAGGAUUGACCGUGAGAAACGCAAUCGUUCUGCAUCCCCUCGUGUUGAGUCACAAAAACAUUCGGAAAGUAAAGUUGAACAUGACAGAAGCUCAAGGAGUUCAGCUAAGUCUCCAAGCGCUGUUCCAGAAGUUGAAGCCUCAGAGCUUAGUCUGCCCGUCUCCCGAACACGCAGAAACGUCAGAUCUGUCUAUGCUACCACAGGUGAUAAUGAUGGUCCUUCUGCUAAAGAAUCUUCUGAUGCGCCUCGAUCCACUCGGAAGAGACCAGAAAAAGAAGUUCAGGAGACUCCAGUUGCUGUGCCUAGCACACCAAGGAGAGGGCGACCACCCAAAGUCCGCAGGAAAACUGUUGGAGAGGUGUCGCCUAUUAAAGCUGAAACCUUAAAACAAGAUACAGAAGAUACUGAAAGCAAGGAGGUCGUAGAUAAUGCAAAACCAACUGAAGGAUGGCGAUCUCCUCGCUCUCAAAAAUCCUCACAGAGCCAUUCUCCUGUGUCUAGCAACCAUCAGGGUAAAAAGUGCAAAGGUGACCCUAUACUACAGUCAGUGGAGUGCUCAGGGGAGUCAAAUGAAGAAUGCCCUGAAACCACGGCAGCUGCAACUGAAGAGGAGAGUAAGCCAAAACUGGCCAAAGAGGAGAUUUCCGAAGUUAAAAAUGACUUAAAAGAUACAGAGAUCGAUACAAUCCCCAUAGAAAAUCCUACUUCUGAUGCGGCGGAGAAGAAAAUAUCUGUAGAAAAAGCUCCCAAGUCAAAAGUUGGAAGGCCUAAAAAUACAAAAACCCUUCCACGCUUGAAAAAUGUGGAAAUUCGCCUUAAUGCUGAUGAGGUAAAGGGUGCUUUGAGGCCACACGAAGACGGUGAGCCAAUAGUGAUCUCGCCUGUCAAAAUCAAAAGCCCUCAAAAGGAAGAGAAUGUAUCUCCUCCACCUUUUACAAAGCCAGAAGGAACUUCUUUUCCAGAAACGCCCGAAAAAGAAUCUCCAAAAGAACCCAAAAUUUCACCUGAAGAGGCACAGCUGGCCCGACAAAUGGAACUCGAACAGGCUGUGGAAAACAUUGAGAAAAUCACUGAAACGGCCACUGUUCGACCUUAUAAAGAUUCUCAAGGAGGAGAAGGGGCAGAAUCUCGCACUGAAGAGGAGGGUGAUAAAUCUACACCCCAGGCCAGCGAGACAGAACUGGCAGCAGCCAUUGGCUCCAUCAUUUGUGACAUUUCUGCUGAUGCUGAAACUUUUCCUCCAGCUCCACCAUAUCCACCAGAAGGAGAAACUGAGGCAACACCUGCCACUGUUCCAGCUCCUCCACAGCCAGAUGAACCGGAGCCUGAGACCAAUCGGGCAGUUAGUCUCCCUCUACAAGAUAACCGUACCACCCCAAGCUCUGAACCUGUCCUGCCUGCUGCUGCUCCCGUUCCCUCAUCUCAGGCAGAACCUGUAGUAGACAAAGAACCAGAACGCGAGCCUUCAAGUAAAGUUAAAGAACCAGAGCGUUUGCCAGAAGCAGAGCCGAUUCCAAAGAGAACUCGGGGUCGGGCAGCUUCAAAGAAAAAACGAAGAAGCAAAAAGAGCGAGACGGUAGACACCAACGUGUUUGUUCAGGAAAGUACUCAAGGCAAAUCACCCAGAGCAGAGGAGAAGAUCUCGGAUGAAGGCCAAAAAGAACAGUCUGGGGAAAUGCCGGUGGUGCCUAGCCCUGAGAAGCAGAAUCUGGACACAAGCUUGAAUUCCUCAUCUGAUGCUGUCUCAAAGGAUGGUGAUGAAGAAUUUAAAGAUGAAGACAGGUCCGAGUCUGCCAAUGUUUGCGAUUCGCCCCAGCAGCUGAUCAUCGAUGAUGUCAGUCAGGGCAGUGUCAAACUUCGCUCAAGUACUGAAAGUGCCCCGAUUACGCCACCCAGCAUUAUCACCCCUCCAGCUAUGCCAGCGACCCCAGGGAAGACUGCACCUUCAUUGCCUGCCUCUCUCCCACAUUCGGCACCAGCCAUCGUGCCUGACUGGAUAGUAAGGCAUGACGAAAACACAACCAUUUCCACCCCACCUCCUGCUUUACCCCCGGACACCAAGGCCUCCGAUGUUGAUACCAGUUCAAGCACCUUAAGGAAGAUAUUAAUGGAGCCCAAAUAUGUAUCGUCACCUGCUAAUACUCCCAGUAUUGUCACGGCUGCCAUCUCUGAGCCUGUGUCUGUUUCACAUGUUGAAGAACCUUCUCAUCCUCAAGUGGAAGCAAUCAAGCCAGUUUCAGAAGAAAAACCAUCGGUUCCCCUCCCCAACACGGUAGUCCCACCAGCAGCUGAAGCCCCUGUAUUUCAGGAGAAGCCCACCAUUGUGGCCCCCAAGGCUACCUCGGUCAUUAGUAGAAUGCCACACAGCUUCGAUCAUGAGGAUUUACCAAGAAUCACAUCGGCUAAACCGCAUCAGCCAGCUCCACCGUGUAUCCCAUCUCAAAAGAGUAAGCAGAGACAGAACACCAAUGACAACCGCGCCUGCUUGAAGCAGACGAUGACUGUUAUAGAAGACCGGCCUGCAGAAACCGGACCUAGUCCUGGCCUGAGGGUGAACACCUCCCAGGGGGUAAUGCUCCUCAGUUACUCUGGCCAGAAGACCGAGGGCCCUCAACGCAUAAGUGCAAAAAUCAGCCAGAUCCCUCCGGCCAGCGCUGUGGACAUCGAGAUUCAACAGUCUGUGUCGAAGACGCAGAUAAAACAGGAACCACUUCAGCCUUCUCAGAUUUUGCCAAAAGGACCGCAAACACCAACAAGCUACCAACCCUACAACGCAUCUCCUGUUAUCUCUACAAUCAAACAGGAACGUUCUUGUUUGGAUAAGUCCGAAUCGAGUCACAUCACUGGUCCUAAUGCUUCCUUGCAACCCUCUGCAGUUAAAGUGCUGACCUCGAAUUCCGCACCAGUGCUAAUGCACAGUCAGAUACUUUCGGGUCAGAUGGUUUCUUCAGGAAAGAAACACUUGGAUAUGAAAGAGACUAAAGGCCUUCAGUCUACCAAUAUGAGCCCUCACCACACCAAUAUGAGCCCUCACCACACCAAUAUGAGCCCUCACCACUCUUCGCACCACUCUUCUCUGUCGGGAAAGAUGCAACCAGAAUCCAAUCAUGUGAGCACUGGAACCAGUACGUCUGAUCGAUCACUACCACAUCUCAACAUCAAACAAGAGCCUCAUUCACCCUGUACCACCGGGCACGCCUCAUCUCCUUUCUCCAGGUCCUGUCACCCGAGUGUUACCGCUUCUCCUGCCUUAACUAGCAACCCCUCUGUGAUGUUGGGCCCUGGACUACCAGUGUCACCUUACUUACCCAGCAUGCACCCAGAACAAACUGUUAUUAUGCCCCCACAUAGUGUAACUCAGUCACUGGGCCACAUGACACAGGGGGAUGUCAGGAUCAACACCCCACCAUUACCAACAAUGCAGUAUGGCAUGCGACCAGAAGCACUUCACUCUCCCCGAGCAGCUAUGCAGCCUCAGAUGGACGUUCGACCUCAACGAACCAACACCCCCCAGCCAGCACCUAUCCGAGAGAUGGUACUGCCCACGUUGUCUUCCCAACACGGUGCUGAUGAUGACCUUCACUACCACCAUCCUGUCAGCCGGGGGCCAUCCCACGUUCAGUCCGAUGUGCUGGUGAUGCAAAACGAAUAUCGCAUGCCCGGGUCAGGAAUGCGGCUCGACCCGUACAGCGUCCCUCAGGAUGUUAUAAUGCCACGCGAUGUCCGGAUGAUGAUGCAUUCUCAUAUCAGCGCUGUGGGGGAACACCACCAGGAGACCAGGCAGUCCCGAACACCUGAGGGCCCAGUGAAAACCCCUCCAGCCAGUAAAACGCCGCAACCUGUAAAAGAACUGACUAAGCAGCCCGAUGUGAAAUUGCCUCAUUCGCAACACAACGAUGCCAGGAUGCUGAGUGGACUGAACUUGUCGCAGCCGGUGGUCGUUCCUCAUGGCGUGCCCCUCAUUCAUUCGUCGGGGAGCUCUUUCCAUGAUUAUCGCCCAGUGUACACGGAUAUCCGCACCUAUCACCCCCCUGCCCAGCUUUCCCACCCUCAGUUUUCUGCUGCAUCGCCCAUCGGAUUACAAUCACGGAGCAUGACACCAUCCCAGGUUGGCCCUGAUGGUGAGCAUUCACAUUCAAACACCCCGGGACGCAGCAAAACUCCACAAGUCAGCCAGGACCCCAAGGCGGCUCAGUCAUCGGUUGGUGAGCAGGCUCACCAUGCCGCGAUUGGCCGACACCCCAGCCAAAUGGAGUCCCACAUCCAGCAUCUCCAGAGGGCUUCUGUGGACACGUCAAGGGAGACCUCCUACCCGUCUCCUGUUACCAUCAACCUGAAGCAGGACCUACCUUCCCCUCACCAGUCUCAGAAACCGACCCCCUUCAUGUCCUCCUCCGCCGCUACCCUCUCCAGAUCCGAUGUCCCCAAGCAAGAGCCUUCCCAGAGAUCGGUGGACAUGGUGCAGCUGCUGACGAAAUACCCGAUCGUGUGGCAAGGUCUCCUCGCUCUGAAGAAUGACACAGCCGCUGUCCAGUUGCACUUUGUAUCCGGGAAUAACGUCUUGGCUCAUCGGUCUCUGCCAGCCCCCGAGGGAGGACCUCCCCUGAGGAUCGCUCAGCGAAUGAGGCUGGAAGCCACCCAGCUGGAGGGAGUCGCUCGCCGCAUGAUGGUGGAGAGCGACUACUGCUUGUUACUCGCACUUCCAUGUGGCCGCGAUCAAGAGGAUGUGGUGAACCAGACGGAGUCUCUGAAAGCCGCCUUCAUCACCUACCUACAAGCAAAGCAGGCAGCGGGCAUCAUCAACGUGCCCAACCCAGGAUCCAACCAGCCGGCGUACGUCUUGCAGAUUUUCCCGCCCUGUGAAUUCUCGGAGAGCCAUCUUUCCCGCCUGGCCCCGGACCUCCUCGCCAGCAUCUCCAACAUUUCUCCUCACCUGAUGAUCGUCAUCGCCCUGGCCUGAGACAAGCUACACAAACCUCUGUGACCCGGGCCGCUCGCCCGCAAUCCCCGCCGGACGGAGCCGGUUCUACCGCUUCCCAGGAUGUUUACAAAUUGCGUACAGGCGGCCGGGGAACGGCUGAACGGAGGAGGAGGAGGAGGGAGUGGGAUCCCGCACCCAGCAAAUGUGGGAUAUUCCAUGAUGGUUGUGGAUUGGUUGGUGUGCUCCUUGUGUUUUUUUUUUUUAUUUUUAUUUAAAAAAAAAAAAACGAAGCUGAAUCUGCCUUUGCACUAAAUGAGUGACUCGGACCCGUGUACAGCAUUCCCCUCCCCCCUCUCUCUCUCUGCGUGUAUCAUAUUUCUGAGCGACUUGCUGCGACGGCCAAGUCCGGACUGUGGACUUUAGUGAGCAGGAACCUGUGAAUACUGGACUAAUGAUCGAGGAGCCCCGCCCCCAGACGGACGGACGGAGAUCGCGGCCGGGUCCCGGUCCCGCGGAUUCCUCACAUUUUGGGAUGUACAGUUUACAUGGAAAAAAAAAAAAGAAAAGAAAAAAAAAAAAAC